GUUGAGGUCAAAGGUCAGUUGAGCAGGUGCGUGUAAGUUCAUAGUUAGUUAUCCUUAUCUUAUCAAUCUCAUCUCCCGAAGUUCAAGGUUCCUUGCGAUUCAAUCCUUGCCAGUUCAGACGGUCCCUUGCACCGCACCGAUCUCCUCCUUGGUUCUCUUCCACCUUUUUUUUUCUUGACGCCCUGACCAUUAUGACUACCUAACGGAGCCAAAAUAAUGACAAUGGCAGCAUCAUCGCCGGGGACGAAAGCCUCACAGGUACAAGUUGACAAUAGACGCAUACUCAUCCUUUAUGGUUCCGAGACCGGGAAUAGUCAAGACUUGGCCAAUGAUUUGGAAAGCCUUGCCGAAAGGCUGCACUUCCAAACAAUGGUUUGCGAGAUGAAUGAUGUUGAACUUAAUACUUUACUACGAUACCCUCUGAUCAUCUUCAUAAUUUCUACUACUGGUCAAGGCGAGAUACCUCGAAACGCACUCAAGUUCUGGAAGAGCCUCCUCCGCAAAAGAUUACCUUUAAAUUGCCUUCAGCUUGUCAAGUUUACUACCUUUGGCCUUGGCGAUAGUUCAUAUUCCAAGUACAACUGGGCUGUUAGGAAGCUUCACAAACGCCUUGAGCAGCUAGGCGCGACCGAAUUCUACCCACGUGGCGAGGCUGACGAACGUCACGAAGACGGUAUUGACGGCACUUUUUUGUCUUGGUCUUUAAGUCUUCGAAAUCAUCUUCUGAGGGAGUACCCAUUACCCGAGGGCUUAUCACCAAUACCCCCAGAUGUGCAACUUCCCCCCAAGUUCACUCUAGAGCUGAUACCCAACAUGGAUUCCGCGGAUCAGCCAAUGCCUGACCGUGAUGCACAGCAGAAUGGAGGUGUGAGCUCAAAUAGUGUAGAUCAUUCCUCGGCCGCCGCCAGACCAACGAAUGGGCACAACACGCACCAGACUGAGCAGCCCCACUCCCAAGAACAGAUUCAUGAUACAACUGCAGCGCUAUUCAGCCAUGUUGAUACCCCUAACCCAAUGCUUUUGGAACAGGAACUUCGAGCAGAGAGAGUAUCUGCCACUAGCAAUGCAUACUCUGCUCGCCUAUCGGAAGGUACAGCCAGAGAAAUCCCCGGCGGGAUAGAUAUUUUAGACCGACCUAAUGUACUGAGAGAUGAUCCAUCAAAGUACUCUAUUGAGGACACAAGUGGCACUAAGGAGGCUCUUCCUCCUGCGGAUCUUCUCCCAAUACCAAGAUCGUGGCCAGCCGUCCUGCGGGAGAAUCGUCGCAUUACUCCUACCAAUCACUGGCAAGACGUUCGUCACUUGGUCUUUGAGAUUCGCGCGCAGCCGACCCCCAAUAGAAACGAUCUCGAAUACUUCAGCUACGUACCAGGCGAUACAGUGGUCAUCUACCCCAAGAACUUUCCAGCGGACGUGCAAGCCCUGAUCGAUCUCAUGGGCUGGCAGGAUAUUGCCGAUAUGUCCUUUGAGCAUCGUGCAAACCAGCAAAAUAUACUGUAUUCACGACCUAGGAACUGUCACCCACUCCCGCAGUCUACCCUGCGGCAGCUUUUAAUUCACAACUACGACAUUACAGCUAUCCCGAAGCGUACGUUCUUUCAAGAAAUCGCGUUUUAUACGGAGGAUGCUACGCACAAAGAGAGGCUUAGAGACUUCGCGAACCCUGCGUUAUCAGACGAAUUCUACGACUACACAUCUCGACCCCGACGAUCUAUCCUCGAAGUUCUUCAGGACUUCCCUUCUGUGAAGAUUCCCUACGAACACGUUCCAACUAUAUUCCCAGUUAUCCGAGGCCGGGAAUACAGCAUCGCCAGCGGCGGGUCGCUCCUUAAGAGUGCGGUAAAUCCUCAAGUCACGCGAGUUGAACUCUUAGUCGCUUUAGUCAAGUAUAAGACAGUAUUGCGAAAGACUCGACAAGGGAUCUGCUCACGCUAUCUGGCGACUCUCAGUCCUGGCACUGUUAUCAACGUCGGCCACAAAGAGUACGAUACCCUUGAAGCAAGCUUCUGUCGUCGGCCACUGUUAGCCAUCGCCCCCGGCACAGGUAUUGCGCCAAUUCGUGCCCAUAUCUGGGAUCGACGGGAUGAGCCACAUGCUGGGGAUGCUGUUCUCUUCUUCGGCGGUCGUAAUCGCAACGCGGACUUCUACUUCAAGACUGAGUGGGAACGCCUUGGGGUUAAGGUCUUCACAGCAUUUUCUCGGGAUCAAGAUGAGAAGAUCUAUGUGCAGGAUCGCAUUCGAGAACAAGCACUGGUAGUCUGCGACUACAUCGACAGAGGUGCCGUGAUCUGUAUUUGCGGCAGCUCGGGCAAGAUGCCAGAGGCAGUUCGGACAGCACUUUAUGACGCCAUGGUCAUUGGAAAGUUGGCUCCUGAUCGUGAGACGGCUAAGGAGAUUAUACGUACAGGAAACCCGAUAUGGGAGGAGGUUUGGUGAUGGCUAGUGGGAAAGGGCGGUCGAUGAAGGAACACUUGGUCAUCAGUCUACUACUCGAACUGGACUCUGCAAUGGGUACCAGUUGCUUAUAGUUUCACUGCCCAUAUUUGCCUAGAUAGGUAGACGCACUAAUUCGCAUUGCAUUGCAUAUUGCGUUGCUUGAAACUUGUAUUUCGAUCCCUCGCUUCAUGGUGGAACAAAGUUCUGUAAUCACAGGCAACUCAUGGCUGUUUGUGUAUAUACUUGACGAGCCAGUUGAAGAUUCCCCUGGUGGUUGCGGGUAAAAUUUGCCAGCAUACCAUGUAGUAUUCGCAUCCUACCUACCUUCUAAUAAGUACCUACUAAGCAUCUCAAAGCAAG